AUGUUUAUUUGAAUUGAAACAAAGCUAUUCUAUUUUAUUUAACCAAAAAGAUUUUAUUCUGAUAUUAUUCUCAAAAAUUGUUACUACUAACUGAUACUUUAUUUUCAAUUUUGUUGUUGCAGUUGUCUUAAACUUAACAAGGUAAGUUCUGGAUUCUAUCUUCCGUCUGUCCCUGUUUAUUCCAUUGAAAGACAGCAAAUCCUUCAAGAUUUUACUAUUGAAUGCACGUCUAACGAAACUGGAAAGAAGCAACAAAGUAUAGAACCCAGAUUUUCUUGUGAAAAACUAUAGUGUUCUGUCUGUCUGAACCUGAAAUGAGAGUUUCUUUGCUAUCAAAUUAGGUCUGCAAUUUCUCACAAAACGACAACAGCAUCUGGUUAUAGCAUUACCACUGUCCCAAAAAAAACCAGAACCCAGACUGACCAAACCACAAAAAAUGUACAACGUCUGCUACACUUCAAAAAUAUCUGGACCUAACCACUAAGGCAUACCAACUCACUAUUAGCCAAAAGGUAACUAACCAAAAUCAAGUUAUUUAAACUCUUUCCCCUUUCACAUUCGAUUUUUCUUUGGUCUGACUGGUCGUGUUUCGCAGUUUCAUGAUCAAGAUCAUCCCUUUUCUUUUUCUUUGCCUCUUUCGUUUCAGGUAAAGGACUGAAGGAGGUACGUCUUUUUUUUUUUUUUUAUUUCAGAUGUCAAACCCUGGAAAAAUCUCUGCAAGACUGCAACUUAGUUUUUUUUUUUUUUUUUUCCACUUAUUUGACUACCCUUUUAUUUGUAUUGAUUCGUCUAUCUCUCAUUCUUACACAGAAUGGAUUUUUGCCGAAAUUUUGACAACCUAAUUGUAGUGAUUUUCAAGAAUGCAGAAGCUUUUCUGGUCUUUCAAGGGUUAUCCGAGUUAAAUUAGGCACAUUUUUAUUUGGGAAAAAAAUAAAAGCUUUUAUAGUGUAAAUGGAACAGGCACUCGGCUUGGUCAAACUAGUGGUACAACGGAGUGAGGGCCAGGGGCAGGCAGCCCAAGUGUUUACUUUUACGCACUAGCCGGUGUAAAAGUCAUGUUUUUUUUUCUCCCUCAUUAAUGCGUAGUUGGAUAAAGAAUCUUAUACUUUUUUAUUUUGUUUUUCCAUUUAUAUUAAAAGACUGUUGGUAUUUUAUGAGAUCAGAAUUCAUCGGAUGCUUCUCUAUUUUUUCUGCUCUUAGUGGUUGGAAAGUUUUAGCAGUUGUUGAAUCAUGCUUCUUCCGUUUAUUUAACUUGUAAAUUGUGUGACCAACUUUUGCCGUUACAGCUUUUGUAUGUGAAUGUAACUAUUGAGGAAUUGACGCCAUAGUAAACGACUAUGAUGGCAAUUUGAUGGUGAUUUUGAUGAAUAUAAUGCUAAUCUGAUUAAAUGAAAUGCAAUCAUUUGGCGCUUCUUAGGUCUGAUUCUGGCUUAUGUCCCAGGACUGAUCUGUGUUCCUACGGUAUGUUAUCUUGCAGUACUAUCUUUUUUUACCCCUUAUCUCGAUUGAAUGACAUAGCUGCAGCAGUAAUUCACUGCUGAUUCUUAUGAUGCAGCUGUGUUAGCAACUUGACUUGAAGAUUUUUGCCUUUGGUAAUUAAGUUUUGCUUAUAUUUGAUUGUGUUUGUACAUUGCACUGAAGUUCUAGAUUUAAUUCAUAUUUCAUGUGCUAUUUUGGUCCUUUAUUGGACGUGAUUUGAUGUCCGCUUGUUUCUUGUGUUUCUUCAUAGACUCUAAUUGUCUGGUUAUUGUUGUGAUGAGGAGAAACAGGAAGCAUAUUUUCUAUGCAAUUUCUUUGAUGGUUAGGGUGUACAGGGGCUAGUUUCCCAUUCUCGCAUCAAUGUUUAGUCUAAAAGCAUAUUACUAGCUAUUUCAGUGGAUUAAUUCUGAAUAAUGAAUCCCAAGUGUUAUGCAAUGUUAUGCAGGUUGCACUAGGUUGCCAGAUUCUAGUAUUGGUCAUAAUGUUUAGUAGAUGGAGCAAUUCUCAUAACCAAGAGAAUGAUUCAUUGCAGCAUGAAUCCAAGGUCAAGGAGCUUAGGGCUGCACUUGGACCACUAUCUGGGCGCAGUUUGAAAUAUUGUACUGAUGCUUGCUUGAGGAGAUACUUGGAGGCACGAAACUGGAAUGUUGACAAAUCAAAGAAAAUGCUGGAGGAGACACUGAAAUGGAGAUCAACCUAUAAGCCUGAGGAAAUAUGCUGGCAUGAAGUCACUGUAGAAGGUGAGACUGGAAAAGUCUAUAGAGCAAAUUUUCAUGACCGACAUGGUAGGACUGUUCUUAUACUGCGACCAGGAAGGCAGAACACGACAUCAUUGGACAAUCAGCUCCGCCAUUUGGUAUAUCUGAUAGAGAAUGCUAUCUUGAACCUUCCAGAGGGUCAAGAACAGAUGGCUUGGUUGAUAGACUUCACUGGGUGGACAUUGAGCACAAGUGUGCCCAUCAAGUCUGCUCACGACACUAUUAGUAUAUUACAAAACCACUACCCAGAGAGGCUGGCUAUGGCAUUUCUCUAUAAUCCCCCACGAAUUUUUGAAGCAUUUUGGAAGAUUGUUAAGUAUUUUCUGGAUGCUAAAACCUUCCAAAAGGUGAAGUUUGUGUACCCUAAGAAUAAAGACAGUGUGGAGCUCAUGAGAUCAUAUUUUGAUGAGGAAAAUCUACCAACCGAAUUUGGAGGAAAGGCCAUGUUGGAGUACAACCAUGAAGAAUUCUCCAAACAAAUGAUCCAGGAUGAUAUCAAAUCUGCCAAUUUGUGGGGAUUUGAUGAUAAACUCCAAUCUGUUGGCAAUGGACACUCUGGACCCGAGAUUGCUACAGAGCCUGUCUGCCUUGCACCACUUGCCAGUUGAUCUACCUGCCCUCGGCUUAUUAUGUAACAAAUUGUUAUAUGUAACUGAAUCUGAGCUGGACACAUUGAGCAAUGACAUGACCUUGUCUAACAGGGGCUGAAAGUGAUGCAUCGGGUAGGAAAAACAUUCAGCUUGUUGCUACUCGAAGGAAAUUAUUUUCUGUCAUUCCCCUGAAGAUGUACACCUUGUCACCGGCUUACCCUUCUAUAUCUAGUAGAGAGAAAAUAAGUCAAAAGUAUCAUUUUCUGAUGAGAAAUCAACUUGAAAUUCCUAUUUGCUGAUAAACCGUGUCAUGGUUUAAGCGGUUGACUUUCUCGGGCUUUGUUUAUUAGCUGAAUCAAAUCCAAUAUAAAGUCUUCUUUGCAUUUAUUUAAACAAUGUGCACCCGUUUGGAACCCCUUGUUAUUGUUAACUGAAAAAUUGGAACACUAGGGACUCGGAUAAGACAAUGAUAAUACAACUAGAGAAACAAAUGGUCACCUUCUCUUUUCUUUGUUGUUCACAUUUAUUUUAACACAAUAGUUGAUCAAUUUGGGAUUGUACGAAUAUAUUCAUGAUCACAUUUAGGCUUUGGUGCACCACAAAAAGUGGCCAAAAAGAAAUGUCAUAGCCACCUUUAAUAAAAGCCGUCUAUGUUAUGGAAUUAUGUAAACUUGCUUUUCAA